AUGGACAAAAACUUCCGCUGCGACUAUCCCAACUGCCAUUCCACCUUUACUAGACCCGAGAACAUGAUGAGACACAAACGGAACAUCCAUCGCCAAAACUCUAAUCCACACAUCUGCAAGUGCGGUAAGGCGUACAGCCGUUCCGACAUCCUUCUGCGUCACCAGAGAGUAUGCGCUGUGAAUCUGAGUGUUGACGGGAGUUUGCCCCCGAAACAUGCUCUUCCGCCACAGCCGGUUCAUCCUCAGGGAUAUUACAGCUACUAUCCGACGCCGGUACCUGUCGUAACCGCAGGUCCUUCUGCAUUCUCAAAUCCGCUCACUCCGUCUGCUCUGUCUGCAUCAAACGAACAGCACCACGAGCAGCACCGGGAGUACUACCAGCUUCACCAGCCUAACUACAGCUAUCAAUACCCACCGCAAAAUCAAUCUUCCGACGGUGCUUACUUAAGCACGCAGAACGCGCCACAACAUCCAUACCAAUAUUAUUAUUAG